AUGGUCGAUGGACUGGCCUCUCUACGCCGUUUCCUUCCGUGUAGGUACACGGAGAUGAUGCCGCACAUCGUGAAGGCUUCGAAAGUGGCGGCAGCGACGUGCAAGGACCUCUUCAUGGACCAGAGAUGGAACUGUUCCGCGAUCGAGACGGCUCCGCAGCUAUCCCCGGAUCUCACGCUCGGGACUCGGGAGCAGGCGUUCGUCCACGCGCUGGCGUCGGCGGCGGUGGCCUACUCCGUGUCGAAGGCGUGCGCGUCGGGGACGGUCUUCUACUGCACGUGCGGGAGGGUGCCGAGUGAGCCGCCGAACGGGAGCUUCCAGUGGGGAGGAUGCGGGGACAAUCUCAAGUACGGGCUCAAGCUCUCGCAGACCUUCGUGGAUGCGCCGGAUCGGGUGAAGAGGGUCCGACGAUCCCUCACCGCCUUGACGAACCGACACAACAAUCGAGCCGGACGAAAGGCACUGCGAGAAAGCCAGGUGACGGAAUGCAAAUGUCACGGCGUGAGCGGCUCCUGCAACAUUCGCACCUGCUGGAAGGCCUUAGCCCGACUGGACGUGAUCGGGCGUCGAUUGAAGAAGAAAUACGCGACCGCGAUGGAGGUGACGGGACAAGGCCCGGCGAGCACGGACCGUCGGCUCCGUCUCCUCCCCGUCAGCCCCAUCAGAGGCCUCUACAACGAGGAGGAUCUCAUCUACACGGUGCAACGCAACAUCUUCGGGGACGGACGGCUGCAAGUCCAUGUGCUGCGGACGAGGAUACACGACGUACACGAUCGAGAAGAUCGAACGCUGCCAAUGCAAGUACUUCUGGUGCUGCUACGUGAAGUGCAAAAUGUGCAAGACGUGGAUCGACGUCCAGGAGUGCAACUGAGGUGAUAAAGUGCGCCCUGGAAAUCCGCCUCGCUCUCGAGUGAUAAACGAUGGAGAAGACGAAGUGCGAAUGAUGUCCGGAGGGCAUGGAAUCCCCCCUGGCUCCGGCUAACAUACAUUCCAGAUGUAUCAAUCAAUGUCCUCGUCCCACGAGAUGAGAACAAUAGAGGAAACCUCGAAAGUACAAUACAGCUUUUAUAUCGCAUCGUCCACGAGUGCAUUCGGACGUUGAUUUUCCUCGGCGAGGAAAGUGCCAAGAGGGGAGGGGGGUAAGAGAGACGACCGAGCGUCAGUUCGUCCCACUGUAACAUGGGAAUCCGUGUGGAAUCCUACCGCAUAGCAGCCCAGUCGUCGAAGGCUCAUUAUGGAUGUCGCUCUGCAUAGCUUUAAUAAUAAUAAAAACUCCAGCGUUCUGGGCCGUCGAGUUUAUAGCCUCCUCAGGUAUGAGGCGCAUGGGACUCGAGAGUCCUGUUUGGUUCUGUGCCAGCUGCAGGUCAACGUGGUGGGUGGCAGUCUGCAUCGUGUCGUGGGUAUGAUCGCACGAGCGAAUCUUUUGG